GCAGCAGCCAGCACCAAUAGCACAGUCAGAACACUCUAAAUUGCAGUGAAUCUCCUUCAUGCAAUAUUCUAUCUAGCCAGGGAGAGGCGCUGUUAUCACAGAUGACGAACUAACUCUAUUUGGUGGAGGACUAUGUUGUGAAAUCUUUCAAUUAGUUAUAUUUUGAUAAAUAGUUACAUUUUGGGGAGAUUUUGUCGAUUUCGUUGAGGACGCAAUGAACAACUUAACCGGAGGAUGCACAUUUUCAACGAUCCAUAUGUUUUGUUGAGGACAGUGCUGUUUUAUUCUCUGACUGAUUAGCUACUGUAGUUAGCCAAGUUGGAGUGUUAACGGUUAGCUACUGUAGCUAGCUAGCUAAUCCUAAGAAGUCACGUCUCCAGCUGGCCGCCUAACCUCAUUUCCCUUAAAAGUUAUUGUAAGGGAUAUAUCUCUCUAGUUGACAGUGUUGGUGAAGUAUGUGUUGCUUGUUUAGCCUUUGUGCGUCAACAGGAAUUGCGUUUCUGAGUACUUUAUAAGGUUAGCUAGUUACGAAUAGUCGCUUGCUGUAACUUGAGCCAAGUCUGAUUUAAUCUAACAAAAAUGAGAUAGAGGGAAGACACCGAGUACAUUUCCCGCUGAUUUAACUGCUCUGAAUUGGACCGAAAGGUUUGUGUGUGAGGCCUGCAGGUCGGGCUUUCACCGAGCUAGAGUAGGGCCGUACGCCGCCUCUGAGCGCUCCUAGGCCAGCAGCUCGCGCUGCUAGUCUGGAGGCCGGUGAUUUCAAGAAAUGGAAGGAAUGGAAGUGGACCAGUGCGCAUGCGCAGCUCCCGGGAGCGGAGGCGGGGCUCUUCGUAGAUCGAACAGCGCCCCCAUGAUCACGAGUGUCAGGUUAGUGGAAUUGAUAUUCUACUUGAUUGAAAUAGAAUUGUCUGUCUGUCAUUUAUGAAAUGAGAUUUUUGCAGUCAUGUUUGUAAUAUGUCUGCCUUGGAAUGAUUCUGAUUAUUUUAUUGUUUGUUUCUCUCCAUGUAACAGUGAUGGUAUGACAGUGUUCAGUCCAACUAUUUCAGGCCGGUAUCGACGGAGCAGUGUCUCUGUCAACCCCAGCUGUCCUUCUCGGGUAAGUGUGUGUCUUCAGUCAGUCUGAGUUGUUGCUGAAAUGCCUUUAGCGUUGUCUGAUUUCUAAAUCUCCAUGUUUUUCUUUCAGUCUCUGACUGACUGUCUGUGAUCAUUCAUUAUUCUGUCAGUUACGCCGUCAACAGGAGACCGACAAUAAUACCUCCAGUCUUGAUUCCACAGGCCGUCCCGCUGUUCCCUUUCUCAUUGGGUGGUGAGAGACCAGACCACAAAAGGCAGGUGAGGACAAGGUUAGGGAUAUUGUGGGCCUCUCUCCUCUAUGUGUGCAAAUGCCUGCCUCUGAGUAAUGAUGCUGGUUUGAGUGUUUGUUUAUACAUUAGCCAGUGUGUUAGUACAGUUCUGUUUGAGGUUAUCUUAUGUAAAUGAUCACAUUGGUGUUUCAGUGUGUGUGGCGCGCUGUAGUAUGUGUGUAUGACCACUGACUGAAAGUGUGUGUAUUUUUUUUUUCAAGGAAGAGAAUAUGGAGAUGACACUCAGGGGGAGUCUUCAGAGACUGAGGUAAGGUAGUGACACACACACACACACACACACACACACACACACUAACUGUGUUUUCUCUCUUUUGUUGUAGUGCUUCCAACCUGGUCGCUCCUCCUGUCAGUCACUGGCAUGACCAUUCAUCAGGGGUGAGUACUCCCUCUGUGUUCUGCACGUGACUGUAGUGCUUUGUCAUACCAAAGCAUGGAGAGGAUUGAUGAAUAAAUGGAUGGAUAAAGAGGCAUCUCAUAUUUGCUUAUAUUCGUCCUUUCUUUCACAGGGAUUACAUUUACAGGACAGUGGUGUCACACCCAAUUCGUCCCCUAGUCCAACUCGAAGGUUUAGGGGGUGAGUUGAGUUCCACGUUGCAUGGCAACUUGAGUGCAGAUUCAUAGCUAUCCUAUGAUUGUGGACUUACAAUUUAACAAAGUGUCCCUUCACCGCCAGGCCUACAGUCAGCUCUACUGUGAGAUGGCCUGCCCUGACUCCACUGAAAAGGAAAGGUAAGAACGGUGCUUCAAGAAUGGUGCUUACUUUACUCAGCCUUGGUGUGUGUGUGUGUGUCUGUGUCCUCUUUCAUCCUGUCGUUCUGUCAUGUAGGAGGAGUGGAGUCUGAUGGCCCGCCGAAGAAGCUGUUUGUUGCUGGGGUAACAGAUCCUGUUCACCGAACUAGUUACACAGUCAGGUGAGAACUAGACAUACUCAGAUACACAAACUCUUGCACACUUGCGAAUAUGGUGCUAGCUGCAUCUCUUUUAACCUCUCCUUCUGUUUCCCCCCCACUCUCUCUCUCUCUCCCCUCCUCUCUCUCUCUCUCCCCUCCUCUCUCUCUCCUCCCCCCUCUCGCUCUCCCCCCCCCUCUCUCUCCCCCCCUCUCUCUCGCUCUCUCCCCCACCCCCCCUCUCUCUCGCUCUCUCCCCCAGUGUGUCUCAGGCCUCUGCAGACUCUCCUACAGGUGGUGUGUCUGUGUGUGGUGCUAGUCCCCAGGGUAGUCCCCUGUCCCUGUCUCCUCCCCCCUCAUUCACCUCUCACCACCCCAAUAUCUAGAAACCACAACACCAGCAGCCUAUCACAGACCAGGACUACAGUCAGCCUAUCAAGAGUCCUAGAUUCUACUCAAUCAGCCUAUCAAAGCGCUCCUCUCCCUCAAAUCAUCAGAGCCUUGGGGAUACUCAUCAUAUUCCUUGGCUCCUGAAGUAAUCAUAUCUUGAGUUGUAAUCAAGAUAAUAUAUAGAUGUUACACAAAGACUGGCACCUGUGCUUUGUUAAUCAGAAGGUUGCAUGAAAUGCCCUGCCAAAGGAAGUUGGGGGGUGAAGAAACUGAUGACAAUGGGAGUGCAUUUAGAAAAAUGUUUGAGUAACUUCUGGACUCACUCUUCGCUGUAGUUGACAUGUGGGUUGUUGUGAUAUCCAAUGUCAUUGUCAACUAUGGUUGUCAUUUUUCUUGUUGGGCUUUUGUUUAUAUCAUUUCUAAAGGUGUUACUGGUACUGUAAAACAGAAUGAGUUCUUCCAAUAGUCCAGAAAAGGCCUUGUCCGAAGUUGUGUUCAGAGGUAACAGUGAGGGCACAUUGUAAUCCCACUGAACGUGACCCAAUAGUCCAGUAUUCUUUCAUAGUCCAGAAGUAAGCGCUCAAAAAUGAGACAUGAAGACAGGGUGUCACAUCGGACUGUCGAGCCAGCGGUGGCUCAGUUUGUCUAUGUGAAUAGUGAUAUAAGCAGGGCUGCCUUUAAGGCAGGACUGGGAGUGGGUUCUCUGGCUGAGGGGGUUUGUGCUGUAUAUAUAGAAUCCCCAGGCAAAGCUCUGCCCAGAGGACCCACCCAGUCCAGUCCUGGCCUAAUCCUAAUGAGAGAUCUGCGUGGAUACUGGUACUUCUAAUUUUCACAUCUGUUUUUGACAUGACAUCAAUAC